CUUUGAUUUGGCCAGGACGCUACCCAGGCGACAGGACGUUGGUUUCUUUCCCUUCCUUUUUGUUUUCUGUAGAUUCUCUUUCUCGAAUAUACAACAAAUAUAUGAGAAUCAUUUUUUGCCAAAUCAGGAGAUUUGGUCGCGAACGCAUGGACUUGCUUCUCAACGUCACCCGCGUCAUUCUAGACCGCGCCGCCGCUGCUGCUUGUGUUAAAAGGAGAGGCCAACCUGCCCUCUAGCAAGUUAGCGUGUCUGGUCCAGUAGCGCGACCCUGCCGCGAGAGUCGCAGCAAAAGUUUUCUUAACAAUCUUUAUAUAUAUUUUUUUUGUCCUCUCGCGAACCGUCGUCCCAAGAGUUCAAUUGGCAUUUUUGGGUUUCUGCACGUCCGCCCGCCUCCUCGCAGGGCCGCACCCGCCAUCCCGUCCCAUCUCUCGACCCGGCACACAACAAACGUCUCGACAUGGCGGCUCGUGACGAGGCACAGCCCUCAUUCAUCUCACGUCUGCCGUUCUUUGGCGGGCGCAAAAAGAAUGUCCCUCCCAGGGACUCCCACGAAUCCGAAACAGACGAAGCGCCGUCCAACGCGCCGCCCAAAUGGAGUUUUGGCGUGCUGAAUGACAAGAAGACAAUCGAAGUUCCAGGCUCCGUACUGCUUCUCGCGGACCACAAAAACGAACCGCUGGGUCUCCGCAAUGCGCCCGCCCGGACAUCCCACUCCUCCUUCCCAACAGCCAACUUCCCCGAGCCACACCCGCCGGCCGACGUGAAAAAGAAGACGACCGACGGCAAGAUCAUCCUCGAGCCGCAGCCCGAAGACGCGCCCAACGACCCGCUCAACUGGCCGAAAUGGCGCCGAGACGCCGCCCUGCUCUCCAUCGGCCUGUACUGUAUGGUCGGCGGCGGGCAGACGUCAGUCCUGGCCGCUGGUUUCACCGACAUCGCCAGGGACUAUGGGGUCCCAGUACACUCGGUCUCCCUGACGGUAGGCCUUUAUAUGAUGGGUAUGGGGAUUGGCUCGGUUUUCGCGUCGCCUACGGCCAUCUUGUACGGCAAAAGGCCCGUUUACCUCGCGAGUGCCAUCCUUUUCAUCGUCACUUCGGUCUGGUGCGCGCUGUCGCCUAGCUUCCCUUCCCUUGUGGCGGCGAGGGUUUUCCAGGGCAUCGCCGUCAGCCCGGUCGAAUGUUUGCCUUCUGCGACGGUUGCCGAAAUCUUCUUCCUCCACGAGAGAGCCUAUCGAUUGGGCAUCUACACACUGCUGCUGCUGGGCGGCAAGAACUUGAUCCCGCUGGUCAGCGCCGCCAUUAUUCAGUCGCUGUCAUGGCGCUGGGUGUUUUGGGUCGUUACUUUUGUCGUCGCCUUCUGCGGCGUCCUUCUCUUCCUGUUCGUCCCGGAGACGUUUUGGGAGAGAGUGCCGCAUCCCAAGCCAAAGACCCCGUCCAGGCCGGGCCUGUUCAAGCGGAUAUCGUCGAGAUACGUCCACCAGCACAAACCGGCGGAGCGCCCUGCCACGGCGCAUGCGGCUCCCACGACCACGCCGUCUGAAGCGGCAAGCCCCGACAAACGCCAUGAUCACCACGUCAUGUUUGCGGAGACUACCGAGACGAGCAGUAACAACCACGGCGUCGAGGGCUCGCCCGAGGCGAAAGCCGACGACCAGCAUCUCGGGGACAGCAACAAGUCAGAGGCGUCCGAGACUCCCAGUUCAGAGGACGAGAAGCAGCGGAAGCCGGCCAUGCCGUCCCUCGACACACAAAAUGUGGACCGAGAGGGAGCCAACCAAGUCCCAGUCUCGGCCCACCCAAGGCUUGAGAGCAACACCCAGUCCUCGCCCGUGGUCGGCGGCAAUGUGUUCGCCCCCAUGGACCCCGAAAAGCGACAGCAGCAGGACAAGGCCACGGCCAACGUCUACUCGAACCACUGGCGUGAGCGCGAAGCCAAGUCCUUUGUCCAGCAGCUCCGCCCUUGGCACGGCCGGCUCAACAAUGACCGGUGGCUCAAGGUCGCAUUCCGCCCGUUUGUCCUGUUCAGCUACCCGGCCGUUCUCUGGUCGUCGGCCAUGUACGCGUGCUCGGUCGGCUGGCUGAUCGUCGUCUCCGAGGCGGUGGCUGUCAUCUACCGUGAAAAGUACUACAACUUUGACGCGCUCGGAGUCGGUCUCGUCUACCUCUCGCCCUUUAUCGGCGGCGUUCUAGGCACGGCAGUCGCGGGCAAGGUGUCGGACAUUUUCGUCAAGGCCAUGUCCCGGCGCAACGGCGGCCUGUACGAGCCCGAGUUCCGGCUCAUCAUGGCUCUCCCCAUCGGCAUCACGACCGUCAUGGGAUUGAUGGGUUUUGGCUGGAGCGCGGAGGAACGCAACAACUACAUGGUGCCGACCGUUUUCUUCGGCAUCAUCAGCUUCGGCUGCUGCUUGGGCAGCACGACGUCGAUCACCUUUUGCGUCGACAGCUACCGGCAGUACGCGGGCGAGGCGCUCGUCACGCUCAACUUUGCAAAGAACAUCCUGCACGGGCUCGUGUUUAGUUUGUUCGUGACGGAGUGGCUCGAGCACGACGGCGCCAAGUCCGUCUUCAUCUGGCUGGGCGUUAUACAGCUGGUGGUGGUGGCGUUUGCCGCGCCGCUGUUCGUCUACGGAAAGAGGUGCCGCAUGUGGACGGUGCGCAACAACUUUAUGGAGAAGUUUUAAAAGACAACCAAUACACAGGUAUGAUAUGCUGGACAUUGGGGCACUGGUCAUCGCACCCAGGCAGUCCACGGAUGAGCCGACAUCUGUUGGCCCCUGGACUAGCUGUCGAUAGACCCUGUCUACAACAGAACCUGCGGGGACAAUGGCGUUAGCUGGUACAACAGCCAAAAUAUUUGCCGGGUUCACGGAAACUCGCCUUUCGACAUCACCCGCCUUUGGUACGGGAAAUGAACGCACAGUCAAGCAGAGGACAUGCUUGUCAGGUGUGAAAUUGAACUAGAUUGCCGAUCAUCGAGUUAGAUUCCUUUUUGGCCCUGGUCCUAGGUCUAGACCUAGAGCAAUUUAAUCAUAUGGUUGUGGGGGAGAAGGGAUCCAUGUAUAUUAGCCCCAGAAUUAUGGAGCAAGGUAGAUACCCAGGAGGACGGCAUUUUGCAUGGGUGGGUGGUUCUUUAAGCGAUUGUCAUUUCUAUUAUAAACAAGCGUGCUGCGAUUAAGACGUCUUUAUAUCAACAUCGGCGGGGAUUUUGACUUUCUAUAUGCUAUGCAUAACUUUAAGCCAUAACCCUGGCGACGUACAUGCCAAGACUCAAGUGACGAGAUUUCCUACAAGGCCAGGUCUAGUCUGAGCACUGAGACUAGC